CGCAUGGUCAGUUCGAACGGUUUGACCUAUACAGGCUGCCGUAGGGAAACAAGGAAGUAGACAGAAUGAACAACAUAAAAACAGAACUGGCUCGUUAGCGGUGGUGACAGGUGACAGGUGCUGUUACUAAUAUGGUGCAGAACGUGUUUCGGAGCGGCUUUCUGGUCCGGGUCGCUCACACCCUGCUCACCUGGAUCAUAACUGUCAUUCUGUUCCUGCACAACACUAGUUUGCGGAGAUGUGAGGAGCAGGGAGAGCUGCUGCUGCCGGCUCUCUUCUUCUUGCUGGUCGUUCUGUCAGUGCUGUUGUACUUUGCCGUUUCCCUGAUGGACCCCGGCUUUGUGCUGACUGACACUGUCAAGGGCGCUCAGAGUCCAAAUGAAGAAAUGGAGGCGAUGAUCCCUCAGUCAUCGACCGCUCGUGUGAGGCGCUGUGGAUACUGCCUGCUGCAGCAGCCAAUGAGAGCGAAGCACUGCCACAUGUGUAAACGCUGCGUCCAUCGCUUCGACCACCACUGCCCGUGGAUUGAGAACUGCGUGGGAGAGAGGAACCACCGCUGGUUCAUCAUCUACCUGCUGGUGCAGCUGCUCACCCUGCUGUGGGGCCUUCACGUCGCUCUGUCGGGCAUUUCUCCUGCUCUUACGUGGGAGCAGUGGUUCAGGGUGAAUGGCUUUCUGCUGGCAGCGCUGUGCAUAGUCGGGAUUUUCUCUGUGGUUGUGGUGCUGCUGCUAGGCUCCCACUUGUACCUGAUCUCUAUCAAUUGCACCACCUGGGAGUUCAUGUCCCGCCACAGGAUCUCAUACCUGAAGACCUGCAAGGACGAGGAGAACCCGUUCGACCGUGGCAUCUUCUGCAACCUGUGGGAUUUCUUCUGCAUCUGCAGGACGGUGAUGUGGGAGAAGGUUUACCACAGAAACACGCUGAAUCCAGUCUGACCCCACAGAGGCUGGAGUCAACUAAUCUCUGACUGGUUUUGUAUUUUCACAAAGAUGAAGACAGGAGAAUGAGAAAGUGUUUUCUUUAAUUGUUUUAUCCAGAUACAGAAAUUAAAAGGAAACUUUUUGGACUGAAACAGCGGACCGUCUCAGGAGGAUUGUAAUCACUCUGGUGCUCCCAUCAGUUUCCUGUUCUUGGCUGGAAACUCUCUGACUUGUUUUCAUGUAACAAAUUAAUCCAAACCUCAGAGGUAUCUGCGUAGUGUUGCCUUAACACAAUCCCUUUACCCGUAUUUACAGUUAACAUUGAAACACGCGUUCAGUGUUGGUGUCUUACCGUGUGAUGCGCAACAGCUGACGUCACGGGUUUGCGUGUGGGGGUGCGUGUGUGUCACUGGCACCGUUUGAUUAUUCCAGCUACACUUUGAGAAGGUCAGCGGACGUAAAUAAAUAAAAAGAACCUGAUAUUCUGCACGCAGUCGUAACUGUUGAUAGUUUCAUAUCUCUUAAUAUGGAAAGGAUAACUGGAGUUAGACGUUGUUUCAGUCUCAGCACCUCGUUAGUGCUGCCUGUGAUUUUAUGAGCCAAAAGAUGCACUUACUGUUAACGGCACAUUAAAGGGCUCAUUUUUAUUCUUGGAUUCUAGACUAGCUUUCCAUGAUUCACGGCUCAAAAUAAUCCUUGGUACAGCCUCUCAGUUCAUUCUCUGUCUGAAACAAGCUGCUUUAGCUCCUCCCUCUUUAAACCAGCUGUCUUCUGUUUGGCUGUUAUCUGCAAACAGAAGGUUUGAACACCCAGUGGGCAGGGCUUCUAAGCUAAAAGACCAUAGGGUGUGUAUAGAAGUUGGAUUUAGUUGAUGUGAUGUGACCACUGGUUUGCAAAGGCUCGUCUUAAACACUUUCCCCCAUAAACAGGACAUCUGAAAACUUAAUUCCUGAACACUUAAUGAAGAGUUAUUCUUCGUCUGUCUAUCGUCUUUGCUUGUUGAAACCAGACACCAGUUACAAAGCAAACCACGCUGCAUCAUCAUCAUCAUAUAUGAGGGAUAUACAAACUCUGACAUCACAUGAAUCCAAGAACAGAAGAAAAGCUUGAAUCUGAGCAUUAAGAGCAGUCUGAAAUCUCAGCUUUUGGCUCUCAGUUAUAUUUGACUCUUCAGUCAGAAAAAGGGAAAGAGGGGAAAAGCAGAUCCAUGUUAAGUAUUUCUGAAUGUCAAACUGAGCUUUCUUGCCUUGAAGUUUGGUGGUGUUUAAAAUGUCAAACAGUAUACAAGUGGCACAUAAGUUGUUGGGUUUUUUUUUUUUUUUUUUUAAGUUGAACAAAAGAAAAGAUAAAAAUAAGCACUACAUGUGAUUGAAACACUCAGGUUUGGUCACUGCUCUCUGUAAAGCAGGGUUGUCAAACAUAAGGCCUGGGGUCCAGAAUUGGCUCGGCAAAGACUCCAAUCUGGUCCAUGUGUGAAAUUCGUAAUGCUGACAGAAGGGAGCGUUUAAAGUUUAAAUAAGUUUGACAUCCCUGCUGUGAAGGUUUCUGUUGUUAAGUGAUGAGAGUGGUGACCCCACAUUAUUUACACUAACUGCCUUUAAACCUGCUGAUGUUUGGUACCUGCCUGUAAACUGAUGUCAGUAAGUUCAUUUUUUACCAAGUUCUUACUGUAAUGUUCUGUUUGUAUUUAUUGACAACAAAGAGUACAUUAAAACACGGAUGAUAUGCA